AACUUUGUCCUUCUGGUUGUUCUCCUGCCCAAAUCUCGGGCUUUUAUAAAUAAAUCAAUUCCUGACCCCUUCUUCCUAUCAACCAAACGAACUGAGCAAGCAAUCGAGCAACAACAGCCUUCUUCCUCUUCUUCUUCUUACUCUACCUCCUUUUCCUCAAACAAUCCAAGUGAGCAGCAGCCAUGGCUUCAGCGAGCAGAGCUUCUUGGAUUGUGGCGGCCAGCAUUAGCGCUGUGGAAACACUGAAAGAUCAAGCCGGUCUUUGCAGAUGGAACUAUGCUAUGAGGUCUCUGCACCAAAAGGCAACAAAAGAAAUGGGUUCUUUUUCACAGACAAGAAAAACACCUUCUUCUUCUUCUUCUUCUUCUUCUUUGAUGGUUGGAAGCAGAGGCUUGGUUAGCAAAGCAGAACAAACUAAGAGAGCAGAGGAUUCUUUCAGAAAAGUCAUGUACUUGAGCUGCUGGGGUCCAAAUUAAGCAGUCGAUUACGAGUGACUGUAGAAAAUUCAAUAAUGGGACUUCAUUAGAUUUAGGAUUUGGUUUAUUUUCUUAAUUUUAAUGUAUUUAUCAUGUUUAAAUAAAAAUAUUAAUCUCUCUAAGAAGAAUUACCACUGCAAGUAUUUUGGAUCAAUCUUUCCAGCGC